GAUCACUCAGCCCUCAAGGGUCGAUCUCACCAAGUUCACUUCAGCUGUUUAGAGAAAUGGAACAGCCCUUAUGAUGGCGGCGGGGAUUCCCCCGAGGGCAAGUGCUGAGGGCAAGUGAGCGAGGGCGACUCAAACUGUUUUUGGAACGCAGCCUCUGUAAGGGAUCGGAUUGGAAUUGGGCCUUAGAUCUCAAACGAGCCAGUUGGCGCACCCAAAUGACGUCUUAGCAUGCGACGGUGAAGAGUUGAAGGACCCCGCAGUGCACAUGCCAAACGUACAGUAACACUAGUGACACAGGCGUUUGAUCCUUUCGCUGGAAACGCCUUGAUGGUGGGAAGAAUCGUUACUUACGCAUUAAACAGGCAAAUGUCGUGUUUCGGUUGUGAUCCCAACUUCUGCCCAGAAUGUGGAAAUGUGCUUCCUCUUCCAGUAAUACAGGACACAGUCUGCUGCCCCCGCUGCUCCUUCUGCAUCCCUGUAGCAGAGUUCUCAGGCCAGGUGAUCUGCUCAACAGUUGUCUUCAACCCUGUGGAGCAGUCAACAGUAGCUCUGGAGGAAGAGGAGGACUCUGACCUGAAGGGACCUGUGAUUGACAGACGCUGCUCUCGUUGCAAUAAAGAGGGGAUGGUUUACCACACCAGGCAGAUGAGAUCUGCAGAUGAGGGACAGACUGUCUUCUUCACCUGUAUACACUGCAGGUAUCAAGAGAAGGAGGAUUCUUGAGAACAAGUCCAGCACACUUUCUCCAUUCCUCUCCAUUCUUCUGCCCUCAUAUCUGGAUGCUUUCUCUCCACAUGGAUUGAAAAAAACAACAACUCUGGGCCCUUCACCUUUAUUUCAUCAAGCUGUGCAGUGCAGGGCAUCUCAGUCACUGGUCUUGAAUAUUAGCAUUCACAAACAGACUAAAAUCAGGGUCCAUUUGCUAGCUGUUUUGCUGGCCUUCAUCAUUGGAUGAAGUUUCCUCAGUUUUCACAAAUACUAUUAUACAUUGUAAACACAACAUUGACAUAUUUUCAACUUAUAAAGUUGUUAUGGUGACUGUGUUAGCAAACCAUUACCUAUGAGCACAUCCAGCAGAACCAGAGCAACAUUAUUUGGAGUUGAGUUUGUGUCCACCUGAUAAAUGUCCAGUAUUCACUGUC